GCGACCACACCAAAACUAUAUAAAAAACACACUAAUUUUUAAUCUAAUCUAAACCACCAAGAAACUACAAAUUCUAAUCUACAUUAAGCCCCACCACUCUCAAUGAUUCUUCUUUUUUUUUUCUUCCCUUCGUCUUCUUCUCCUUCCAAAUUGUCCUGUCAUUUGUUUGUUUCUUCAAAGCUUCAUUUGCAGAAGAAGAAUAAAACCAGUUCAUAUAUACUUUUAUACUACAUUACUACUAUAUAUUUCUCCCUUCCAUUUCAUUCUCCACGAACAAGCAGCUGUCAAUGAGAUCACAAGUUCAUGUGGUGGCGCCCUUAUUGCUUUCAGAAUUAUUCAUCAUUCUUGAUGUUGCUCACGUGAUUUCAGUCCUUUUCUCUACCUCUCAUUUAUUCUACCUUUGAUCUUAAUUGGUACGUUGUUCUUUUCAACCCUUUAUUUUUCCUUUAUAUUUAUACACAUGAAUUCAGAAUAAAUGUGACCUUAUUAUAUUUUGGACUCAUAAAACCUGCCUCAAAAUACGCCUCUGCUUAUACAUGUAUAUUAUAUAUAUAUGUCCGUGUUGUCUUGUGUGUUCAUGCACACUACUUAGCUUUUUUAUUUUGCCUGGUGAAAGUGCAUAAUUAAGUUACGUGUUUUCUUUCAUUUUAAGGUGUUUUUGUUUUCUUGAGAAAUGAGUGAAACAGGUGAAAUCUUUGGGUUUGGGUUGCAGGGAAGGAGAAAGAGAGGGAUAUUAGAAGCAAGAACAAUGGCUGAAUUGCUAAGAGAAAGAAUGGACGGCAGCGAUCGUGUCGUGAGACGACGAAAGAGUCUAACUGAACGGUUAGGAUUCUCCGGACCCAUUGCAUGUUGUGGGUCCACCUUGUGCCUCAGACCAGCUUCGUUAAGUGUGGUUGAUGAUGAUGACGACAGCGAAGAACCACUACAAGCACCGUCGGAGGCGGCGGGAGUGGGAGGCCAAGCGCCGCCGGAAAUAGAGUCAGCUUUGGUAUGUUUGGCUCAUAUUCCGGCAGGUUCAGGGAUGAACUUGGCGGCGGCGUUAGCGGCGGAGCGUAACUUGAGAUCGGCCCAAGAUUCAAGCCCAAGUCAAAUAUCAGGCCCAGGACCAAAUACAAGCCCGUUGAGACCCAAUAACAAUGGGCCGGGAACUGGACAAGAAACACCAUUUAGGAUGUCGUUGAUGAGAUUAUUAGAGGAAACGGACGGCUGCGAUGCAAAAGGAGAGGUCAAAGAAGGAGUAGGAAAUGAUACAAUGUGCUGCGUGUGCAUGGGAAGGAAAAAAGGGGCAGCGUUCAUACCAUGUGGACAUACAUAUUGUAGGGUGUGUUCAAGAGAGCUUUGGUUAAAUCGAGGGUAUUGUCCCCUCUGCAAUAGAUCCAUUAUUGAAAUUCUCGACAUUUACUGAGAAAACUCCAAAGGAUUGGUCAUGGAUUUUUGUGUUAGAUUUCUCAUCAAAGGGAGCAAAUGAUUUGAUUUUUAAUUAAAAGAAAGAAGAAGAUUAAGCAAAAGCACAUGAAAUUGUUGUACCUAGAGGUGUAAGAAUUUGUUCCUAUUUGUUUUCUGAA